CGCAAAAUGUUGUUGAACGUCACCACUCGGCGACAGGCACGAGGGCUUACUGAAUAAUUCAGUUCUUGCUGUGUGUUUCUUCAAACCGGAACUUAGAACAACAUCAGCUGCGGAAAGCUAACACUUUCACCUCUUCCGCACAAAGCUUGGUUCGCCUCUCUCGUGUUGUGUUGCUGCUGGACAGCCCCGUUCCCUUGACUUGCUGCGGUCUCGUGCCCUCUCGUCUGCGCCGGGACUUACCAAUCUCGCAAAGCCGCAAACAUUGACCGUUGUUGGUCGACUCGGAACCCCAGAUCAAAAGCUCGUUGCUAUCAACAUGCCACCACCGUCCACGGUCAAGGACAUCAAGCCGCCUGAGCAUCUUACCUCUCUCGCAGCCUCAGGCUUUGCUUCGGGUGCCCUCCGCUUCGGCACGAUUUCCAUGCUCUCACACUUCCUCCUGAACCGUCAUCCAGUCUACCGAGGAUUGACAGUGCAAUUUAAGGUGUUCAUUCAGAUCAGUGCCAUGACAUUGGGCGGAUGUAUCUUUGCAGAAAGAAGUGUGACCGACUAUAACAACUCGGUGCGGCGGAGGAAUCGUGCUUUGGAAAGAAGCCGACGUGCUUGGAGUGAGGAGCAGGAGAUUAGAGAAAUGGUGGAAAGAAGAGAAGCAGCAGAGAAGUGAAGCUCAACAUGACGGCAAUAGGUCCCUCAGGAUAUACAAUGAAGAUGGACGCUUCCCGCGGCCGAACUUACCUUGCGGAAGAGCUGGGCCUUCGCAAACAGAUGGAAGGAAACGUGGGUACCGAUGAUCUCUGGUACAGAAUUGCCAACUUGAGGAGGAAAGAGCAAAAACAUCACACGGAAGGGUCCUUGAAGACUGGGCAGCUCUACCGGAAGAUAGCGUGAUGUUGCAAAGCAUCACACUUUCUGCCACACCUCCCACAGACCAUAUCACCGCCUCGCAAAAACCAAAGACACCAAAAACCACAAAAAGUCCUUAGAGGUCGAGGGUCGAACAAAGGUCCAAAAAACGACUUGUCUGAAGCCCUGGAGUGAUCAGUUCACAGGAGUUCAGGUAUCGAAAUCCCCA